GUAAUGAUUUAAGCGUUCGCCCGUCACGCCCAAACCAGGGUUCGUUUCCCAAAUGGGAACAAUGUGUUAAGCCCAUCUCUGGUGUUCCCCGCCGUGAUGUUACUGGAAUAUUGCUAAAAGCGUCGUAAAACUAAACUCACUCACUAACUCACUCUCAGAAUCGCCAACUCGCGUUUGUUUAUAAACAAUGCAAACAAGGGAGAUAACUGUUGACGGCAUGUUGUUGCCAGGGACGCGCGUGGUCCAGUUUAACACAGAAAAAAAAAUAUACCUACGGCACGUGACCGGUUUUGACCAAUGAGUAGCCGACAUUGCUGUGGCUCAUUGUUCCGUGCGGCGUUAAACAGCAAAUAAACACGCUACUGACGUCACAUAUCCAUCAGACAAUCCCUAUGGCUCAUGCAAGAUACUGGAUGAGAUGACUAGUUUAGUAUCGUGUCAUUCGAAUCGGCUCUAAAACGUAGCUAUUGUUAGCAAUGGAUCUUAAUGAAUGUAUAGAGUGAACAAAUAGACCCUGGAUGAUCGGAGAUAAGUAUGUAUAUUACAACACUGGUGUCAUGAGAACUGUAACGCCUGGUAAGAUUUUAUCACAGCCACGUCUCCAACCUCUUGUAAACACAUUAUUCUCUCUUCAGACACUGAGGACAGAAGAGGCUUUGUUCCUUAAUUUUAAUACAUUAACAACACUUGCAGUUACAAUGCCAGCGAAAGGUCUGCUUCAGCGUCUGCAAGACAAAGAGGAUGUUGUUGUGGCGGAGGGAUAUGUGUUUGAAUUUGAGAGAAGAGGCUUGUUGAAAGCCGGAGCAUUUGUACCAGAAGUUGUCAUCGAAAGACCGGAUCUGGUGCAAGUUCUUCACGAAGAGUUUGUCAAUGCUGGAAGUGACGUCUGUUUAGCUUUCACGUACUACGGUCACAGAGAGAAACUCAGAGUUAUCGGCCGUGAAGGUGACCUUGAGAGGUUAAACAGAGAUGCUUUGCGGAUCGCGAGGCAGGUAGCAGACAACACCGGGACGUUAAUGGCGGGAAAUCUCUGCAACACGACGGUGUUCAGGAGGGAUAACAAAGACGCGAUUGAGACGACGGAAUCCAUGUUUAAAGAACAAAUCCAGUGGGCGGUGGAAGAAGGCGCGGACUACAUUGUUGGAGAAACCUUCAGCGAGUUCGGAGAGGCCAUGCUUGCUCUCGAGUGUGUUAACAAAUAUGGAAAUGGACUACCAGCGGCCAUUAGCUUCAUUCCCCAUGCAGAGAACCAAACGUCAGACGGUUUGGCAUUUGGCGUCGCCUGCCGCAGGCUGGAGGAUGCAGGAGCGGCGGCAGUUGGAUUAAACUGUGGGCGUGGUCCCAGGACAAUGUUGCCUCUCAUUAGGGAGAUCAGACAGGCCUGCAAGGGACCAGUUAUUGCAUUGCCGGUGACGUACCGCACAUGUUCAGAUCAUCCUACGUUCCAGUCGCUCAAAGAUCCACUGACAGGUGCUAUGGCGUUUCCGGUUGACCUUCCUGGGCAAGCGUGUGGACGAACGGAAAUUGCCGACUUUGCCCGAGAAGCCAAAUCCCUGGGCGUGCAGUACGUGGGACUAUGUUGUGGCAACGCUUCUCACUACAUUCGGGUGGUGGCGGAGGAAUACGGGCGUCGACCCCCCUCCAGUAGAUACUCCCCCGAUAUGUCCCAGCACUUUAUUUUCGGGAAGAACAAAAGCAGCGAGGACCCUUACCAGCAGGCGCUCAAGAAGAAAGUUGAAGGCAUAACAGGCUGAUGAAAGAGAAAACAAACUCUCACCAUUCUGUAAUUAAGUUAAUUUGACAUUAAACCUU